AUGAAGCAUGGACAGAGCGACACGUGUCACGGAAACCGAUAUAUAGUCCGCCACGUAAAGAGUCGCACGCUCACGACAUCCAGUUUCGGACAAGACCCUCGGUGUGGGUCCCACCGUUAUGUAGGAAGCCUCAUGGCGGACACACCAAAGGACAAGGGAUAAGGCCUAGAGACCUCAUCCACUACUCUCUCAACAUCUCUGUCGUAAACUCUCCUAGCCGUCCCAUUCUGUUACAUUCGUUCCGAUACCGCAUCCAACGGCUCAGAAGUUUUCGUCAUUUUCUAUUCAUAUUUUUUCUUCUUUGAAAGAAACAAAGUAAAUCCACAAAAUAAUAAAUGUGUGAAAAACAAAGUAAAUUGUCCAGAACAUUAUCCCACUAUUUUAUGUUGGCCUCAGUUGGGCUGAUCCUCAGAGAGAGAGAGAGAGAGAGAGAGAGAGAGAGAGGAUUACAAGGGUAGACUGUGAUUACCAGGAAAGUCCCAUGAAAAGCAACCAAAUUUUGGGGUCUCCUUUUUUCCCUAUCUUUGAUUAGAUUUUUGUUCACCUUUCGUUUUGCUUCGUUCUUUCUCAAUUCCACUCAAUAAAAAGUGGGUUUUUGCAAUUUCAGCUACUGGUAACAUCUUAAACUGUUCUCAAUUUUAUUGCUGGAAGUUUGAAUUUUGAAAUUGUGAUUGUUGUUCUUGUUCUUGUUUUGUUAUUGCUGUUGUUGUGUUCGGUUUCAGUUGAAUCUAUAUUUUCUCAGCAGUGCAUGUGUGAGAAUGUCUAGUUGAACCUCAUCAAGAAAAGAAUGUCUAGUUGAAUGUUUGGUUGCCGAAUAUUUCUGGGCUGUGUGUGAUCUGAAUGUAUUCCAUUCCUUUUACCAUCUCCUUUUAUCCGGACAACAAGAAAGUUCUUGGUUUAUCCUUCCCUUGUUUCGAUUCACUUUUCUUCAAAGAUAUUUGCAGUCAGCCUUUAACUUGUCAUAAUCUCUUUAUCGCUUAGCUAGGAUUUUAUUCGAAAUUAUCAGUACUAGCAGUAACCUCUCACUCCAAACUCGGACCGGUUGUUUGUAUUUCAAGCUUAUUGUAGUCUGCUUCUGCGAUAUAAAUUUUCAAAAGGGUUUUGCUUGUCAUAGAAAAUACGUAAUCUUUAAUGGGUUGUUUCAUCUAUGUGGGCAAGGGGAUAGAUAUAGAGAGGCUUUGAUGAACUAGAGUUCCAGUCUAGAAACAAAUGGUGUCCAAAUCGUAUUCCAAUCUUUUGGAGCUUGCCUCAGGCGAGGCUCCUUCGUUUGGCCGAAUUGGCAGGCGAAUUCCACGUAUUAUGACUGUUGCCAGUUUGAUAUCCGAUGUUGAUGAUGAUCCGUCGGAGAGUGCGUGCUCCGAAGACAUGUCUUCAUCUUCAGUCCAACGUGACCGAAUCAUAAUAGUGGCUAACCAGCUCCCCAUAAGGGCGCAGAGAAAAUCAGAUACCAGUAAGGGUUGGAUUUUCAAUUGGGAUGAGAAUUCACUUCUUCUCCAAUUGAAAGAUGGUUUGGGGGAUGAUGAGAUUGAAGUCAUUUAUGUUGGUUGUCUCAAGGAAGAAAUUCACCCAAAUGAACAAGACGAGGUUUCCCAAAUUCUUCUCGAGACCUUUAAAUGUGUCCCAACCUUUCUCCCACCAGAUCUUUUCAGCCGGUAUUAUCAUGGGUUCUGUAAGCAGCAGUUGUGGCCACUGUUUCAUUACAUGCUACCCCUUUCGCCGGACCUCGGUGGUAGAUUUAACCGGUCCUUAUGGCAAGCAUACGUGUCAGUGAACAAGAUUUUUGCAGAUAGGAUCAUGGAAGUGAUUAACCCAGAAGAUGAUUUUGUGUGGAUACAUGAUUAUCAUCUGAUGGUGUUGCCAACUUUCUUGAGGAAGAGAUUCAAUCGCGUGAAACUUGGGUUUUUCCUCCAUAGUCCGUUCCCUUCGUCUGAAAUUUAUAAGACAUUGCCUGUCAGGGAAGAGAUUCUGAGAGCCAUUUUGAAUUCUGAUUUAAUUGGAUUCCAUACAUUUGACUAUGCAAGGCAUUUCCUCUCAUGCUGUAGUCGAAUGCUUGGUCUUACCUAUGAAUCCAAGCGGGGUUACAUAGGCCUCGAGUAUUACGGUCGGACUGUUAGCAUCAAGAUUCUUCCUGUUGGUAUACACAUGGGUCAGCUGCAGUCGGUUUUGAGCCUCCCAGAGACUGAAGCCAAGGUUGCUGAGCUUAUGAAACAGUUCUGUGACCAAGGAAGGAUAAUGUUACUCGGGGUAGAUGACAUGGACAUUUUUAAGGGUAUAAGUUUGAAGCUUUUGGCAAUGGAGCAGCUGCUUGUUCAGCAUCCCGAGUGGCAAGGGAAGGUUGUAUUGGUGCAGAUAGCCAAUCCAGCCAGGGGUCGGGGAAAAGACGUGAAAGAAGUUCAGGCUGAGACAUCCUCAACUGUGAAGCGAAUUAAUGAAACAUUUGGGAAACCUGGGUAUAAGCCUGUCGUGUUGAUUGAUGAGCCACUCAAGUUCUAUGAGAGAAUUGCAUAUUAUGUUGUUGCCGAGUGUUGUUUGGUGACAGCUGUGAGGGAUGGGAUGAAUCUAAUACCAUACGAAUACAUAAUCAGUCGGCAACGGAAUGCGAAAUUGGAUAAGGUUUUGGAGUUGGAACCCUCCAACCCGAAGAAGAGCAUGUUAGUUGUCUCCGAGUUCAUUGGCUGCUCCCCUUCUUUGAGUGGAGCAAUUCGUGUGAACCCCUGGAAUAUUGAUGCUGUGGCAGAUGCAAUGGACUGUGCCCUAGAGAUGGCGGAGCCAGAAAAACAGCUCCGGCAUGAGAAGCAUUAUAGAUAUGUAAGUACCCAUGAUGUUGGGUACUGGGCUCGUAGUUUCCUCCAAGAUCUGGAAAGAACAUGUAGGGGCCAUUUGCGUCAGAGGUGCUGGGGUAUUGGGUUCGGUUUGAGUUUCAGAGUUGUGGCCCUUGAUUCGAACUUCAGGAAGCUCUCUAUGGAGCAUAUAGUUUCAGCUUACAAAAGGACCACAACUAGGGCAAUCCUGCUUGACUAUGAUGGUACAUUGAUGCCUCAGGCUUCCAUUGAUAAGAGCCCAACUUCUAAAUCCAUCGGUAUCCUCAAUAACUUGUGCAGAGACAAGAACAACAUGGUUUUCAUUGUUAGUGCAAAAAGCCGUAAAGUACUUGCUGAAUGGCUUUCUCCUUGUGAGAAGCUUGGAAUUGCUGCUGAACACGGCUACUUUCUACGAUUGAAGCGAGAUGCAGAAUGGGAAACGUGUGCACCAGUUGCAGAUAGCAGUUGGAAGCAGAUUGCAGAGCCAGUAAUGAAGCUUUACACUGAAACAACUGAUGGUUCCACCAUUGAAGAUAAGGAAACUGCACUUGUGUGGUCUUAUGAGGAUGCUGAUCCAGAUUUUGGAUCAUGCCAAGCUAAGGAACUUCUUGAUCAUCUUGAAAGUGUGCUUGCUAAUGAACCAGUUAAUGUUAAAAGCGGGCAGAAUGUAGUGGAGGUUAAGCCACAGGGUGUAAACAAAGGACUUGUAGCCAAACGUCUACUUUCCACCAUGCAAGAAAGGGGAAUGUCACCGGAUUUUGUUCUCUGCAUAGGUGAUGACAGAUCUGACGAAGACAUGUUUGAGGUAAUCACAAGUUCCAUAGCAGGCCCAUCCAUCGCACCCAGAGCUGAAGUAUUUGCGUGUACGGUUGGCCGAAAACCCAGCAAAGCCAAGUAUUAUCUGGAUGAUACAGGGGAAAUUGUUAGGUUGUUGCAGGGGUUGGCAUCUGUGUCAGAGCAGACAGUACCUCUGUAGGCUUACCAAAGAUAAAGAAUGGAGCACCACCUUGUUUUCUCUGUUUGUAACUGCCAUGAUGUAGGUGAGUGGUGUAUUUUGCAUUACUUUGCCGUGUUUAUUACUUCUUUUGUUCAUCAUGUAAAUUACUGUAGUGUUAAGAGAAGCUGUGCAAUCCGAGACGUUUGCAUUUGUUGUUGUAAAGCUGUAAAUGUGUUUGAGCAUGAAAUCCAAACUUUGUUUUGCUGCAGUUCAUUCAUAACUGUUGCCUAGGCUACCUUCUCUUGGAAGACUCAUCUUCUAGGGUAAACCCCCCU